UUUUGCGAACUAGAUGCAAGAAUCAAAUAGAUAGCUAAUGUUAUAUUUUACAUAAACUUUCUCAAGAAUGCAAGGUUCAACCAUUGGGCCUGGCUUGUCAAUAAAAGUUCAUUUGAGUUUGACAAUAUUUUUCACUGUGCUUUAUGGAUUGGUAUUUUUUUUAAUUAUUACCCAGUUAUUGCAGAUACUAUAUUAUAAGCAUCGUCGCUUAUCUUACCAGACGUUUUUUUUGUUUACUUGUUUAAUCUGGGCUGGUUUGCGCACAACUUUAUUUUCAUUCUACUUUGAAGAUUUUGUCCAAUCAAAUACACUAAGCCCACUUUUUGAAUGGUUGUUGUUUGCACUGCCUAUUUACCUACAGUAUAACAUGUUAAGCAUUUUAGUUUUCUAUUUUUUACUGGUUGUUGUUAAAGUUAUGAGUCCAUCAAAGCUUAUUUUACUUCGGAAAAGAAUUGUUUUUGGUGUAGUUCUGUCAAAUAUCAUAUUUUUAGCUACAAAUAUCUCAUGUUCGGUUGUAUAUAGUUACAAUCCGUAUGCUCAUUAUCAGCAAAAAAUAACAUUAUUGCGUGUCUCUGUUGAUUAUUGUAUUUUUCUAUUUGCUGCUUUAGUGCUGUGUUACUGCAUUAUGAAGUUAACACGUCAAAGUUCUGCUAGAAUGUUGCUUGAAGGCCAGGGCAUCUCUUUUUGUCAAGCAAUAUCUGUUUGUAUUAUAAUUGCAUUGCUUUAUAUGUCAAGAGCUGUUUUCAAUAUACUUGCUAUAUUACCUGUAAGCUCAUCAAUCCCAGACUUUAACUAUGGAUGGAUAAAUGUUUCUGAUCAGGGAGAAGUUGGGUAUGAUGGUUCAGUUUUACACAAUACAAGUAGCUAUGCUUUCAUGUCAUUUGGGGUUGUUUUAAUUUUCUGGGAAUUGUUGCCAACAUUUGUGACUGUUUGGUUUUUUAGAGUUAGGAAGCCUGAUGGUGUAGCGCCUCCCUCUGCUACAAUAUCUGAAAGUUAUCACCAUGCUAAAUCUUAUUUUUUUGAUAACCCUAAUCGUUAUGAUUCUGAUGAUGAACUUUCUAUUGCAUAUACACCCCCUCGAUCAGGAAUGCCUGGAAGUUUGCCAGAUAUUCCCAACUUUGGCAGUUCAUCGCAUCUGGUUCGAAAUGCAAAUGAUAAGCUGCUUCCACGGAAAGGUAUCCACUCCUAUGGGUCUGUUCCAGCAUAUGAUAACUACACUGUUUCACGUGAAAAUGCAUCUAGUCCCAGUGUACACAGUCCAAUGAACCCAACGGUUGACAGUAAAAAUUUUCAUGGAAGCAAAUUGAAAAACUCUGUUAAAAGUUUUGGAAAUGUAUCACAAAAUGCUAGUUCUUUGGAGCAUAUGGGAAACGUUAUUGAAGAUUGAAUUUUCAGACAAUCAUAAAUUCAGUGUGAAUUGUUUUUAUAAGUUUAUUUUUUUUUUUUUAAUUUUAAGUUGUCUGCGUGUUGAUGUCUACGUGUUCUUUUUAUACCAUGUAAGUGUAAUUAUUAUUAAUCAACGAUUAAUUAUAUAAUGAUUGUUAAUCAAUGUGUAAAAUGAUUCAG